AUGACGGCUGAGGAAUUGGAGCGGAAGUGGUGGAGUGAAGGUAGCAGAAAGCUGGAGAAGGACGUGCACGGGGCAGUGGUGAAGGAGCAACGCGUUUCGAGGAGAUCCUCUUUCUCAAGCUCGAAAGGAAAAAAAGAAAAAGAGAGAAGGACCAGAACUCGAGCUACCACACCCAUUAAUGGAGUUCUGAUCUGGACCAAUAAUACGGAAAGCACGUUUAUCAACGGGAAUCUGUCACUAAUUAACAAUGAGGUGCACAUCAACCAGAAGGGCCUUUACUUUGUCUACACCCAGGUCACUUUUGAAGUUGUAACUUGCCCUAAAUUGACAUCCUUCCUCCUUUCUCAUGCUGUGAUCCUGAAAUCCAUACGGCAGGAAGCCCCGAUACAACUGCUCCAUGCGCAGAAGACGGUCUGCGAGGAGAAAAAAGCAGGCCAGUCCACAAAUGGGCAAUUAGGCCUGGGAUGGAGGAAGUCCAUCUUCCAAGGAGGAGUGUUUCAACUGGAAAAGGGAGAUAAGCUGUACACCCACACUUCAGAAAUGUCCUACCUGUUGGGCCUAGAUGGAGCCACCUACUUUGGCUUGUAUGCUUUGUAA